AAUGUACUAACAAGCAACACGAUAAUAAGCUCAGCAUCCCAGCAUUUGAAGGAUAACCAUGGCUCUAUUACGUGGUAUUGUUGCUGUGCUCCAAAUUCUGUUUGCACUGCAAGCGAACGCGUACGAUGAAUGCGAAGAAAUUGGAAUCUGUGAGCACGCUGAUGAUUACCCUACGGAGUUAGUACAAGACUUGAUUAAAGAGCUCAAAAGCAAAAAUACUAUAUUCAAUAAAGAUGAAUUUGAAAUAGAUCUUGGCUUCCGAUUCAAUGAUGAUAUACAAGAGCUCUGUGAAAUCACAAAGAAGCAAAUGGCUCCCACGAAAGCAAAAGAUGCCAAAGGAGUAAUGCGUUAUAUUGUGAAUGACAAAAAUAAUCCGGUACAAAAAUUUAAUACUGCAAUUUGCAAUAAUAGAGGAUCAAAAUGCAACGACUUCCUUGGAUUUCUACCCAACUACAGAAGUGUUUGUAUCCAGAAAUCAGUACUGCGUCAAAUGAUUUAUGUUAAUGAUAAAAAUCAAACUGCAGUAGACUAUUUCAAAGUACCCAUAUGCUGUUCAUGUGAGCUACUUCGUACCGAUUGAUUGUACAUAAUCUAAACUGUAAUAAAUACAGAGAAUUAGGAAGUAGGUACUUACCACUAAACUUCGUAAGAAUGUACCUAGUACCUACUUGGCACUGUAUUUCCUAUUUCUAUGAAUAAAUGUUAAAUAAUAUCAUCAAUAAAGGUUUUCAAAAUUA